AUGGCUAGCAACACCAGAAUGGCAUUGAAUAGAACAACAAUAAUGACAGCAAAUGCUUUCCAGAUAUUGCAACAGGAAGAGGGGAGAAGGGAGGAACCAAGACCACCUGACAUAGGUGGUGGAAUAAUCAGAAAACAGAAUGGGAUCCAUUUUUACUGCACAGUGGUGUAUGGACAUAAUGAUGCAGAGCAAAGAAGGAGAUUAUGGGACCACAUUAGGGGAAUGGCUAAGAACAUUACAGGACCUUGGCUAUUGGGGGAAGAUUUCAAUGCAAUUCUCAAUGUACAAGACAGAAUGUCAAAAACUCCAGUGAAGAAUGCAGAUAUCAAGGAACUUGCUGAGCUAUGUCAGGAUAUUGGCAUCACUGAAAUACCAUGGAGAGGGGACUAUUUUACAUGGACAAACAAGCAGGAGGGGGAUGAUAGGGUAUGGAGCCGAAUAGAUAGAUUGUUUGGCAAUGACCUAUGGAUGAUGAACUAUAGCCACUUAAGCACUGAAUAUGGGGAACCUUACAUCUCAGAUCACAAUCCUAUGAUUGUGAAUAUGAGGCAACCAAGGAAAUUGUACAACAGCCCAUUCAGAUUCUUUAAUAUAUGGGCAAGCCAUCCUGAUUUUGACAGAAUAAUAAGGGAGGAAUGGACUAAUGGACAAUCAACAGGUAAGAUGGUGAGUAUUUGGAUAAAGCUGAAAAGGUUGAAAAGCCAAUUUAGAAUCCUGAAUACAACUGAGUUCAAAGGAGUAAAUGACAAAAUUGAACAAGCAAGACAAGCCAUACAGCAAAUCCAAAGCCAGAUGCAGAAUAGCUAUAGUGACCUGUUGCAAGGGCAAGAGAAAGAGUGGUUGCACAAGCUAGAAACAUGGUCCAUGGUGGAAGAGCAGAUAUUGCAGCAAAAGGCAAGAGCUACCUGGAUCAAAUUAGGUGAUUCCAACAACAAAUUUUUCUCAGCAGUCAUAAAGGAGAGACAGCAGAGAAAACAAAUAGAGGAACUACAGGCAAUAGCAGGGGGCAACUUAACAACUCAAGCAGCUAUUAAGGAGGAAAUCAUUGUAUUCUAUAAAAGCCUAAUGGGAACAAGAGCUCAGGUUCUACCAGCAGUAGACAAGAUGAUAAUGAAAGAAGGGCCAACUCUAACACAACAGCAACAGGAAGAACUGAUUGCAGAAGUUACUCACCAAGAAAUUGAUCAAGCUUUGAAGGGAAUAGGAGGUGACAAAGCUCCAGGCAUAGAUGGUUAUAGUGCAAUAUCAGGAAGGAAAAUAGCUGACAAUAUCAUCCUGGCUCAUGAACUAGUUAAAUCUUAUAACAGGAAGCAGAUUUCUCCAAGAUGCAUGCUGAAGGUUGACAUGAUGAAAGCAUAUGAUUCAGUGGAAUGGGUGUACUUGGAUCAGUUGUUAGAAUACCUAUGCUUCCCAACAAAGUUCAAUAACUGGGUGAGAGCAUGUGUAACAACAGUGAGCUACUCAAUCAUGAUAAAUAGGGAGCUAACAAAGCCUUUUGAUGCUGCUAAAGGACUCAGACAGGGUGACCCCAUAUCACCAUUUCUAUUUGCAAUUGCAAUGGAAUACUUAAGCAGGCUACUCAAAGGUCUGAAGCAUGUUAAAGAUUAUAAGAUUCAUCCUAGAUGUGGUAAGCUGAACAUUACACACCUCAGUUUUGCAGAUGACUUAUUAAUGUUUACUAGAGGUGAUAGUAAAUCUGUCAAUAUCCUCCAUGCUUGCUUUAUGAAAUUUUCUGCUGCAUCUGGCCUCCUAGCUAACCUUAAUAAAAGUGCAAUAUAUUUUGGAGGAGUGAGUCACAUUACAAGGCAGGAAAUAUUGCAGAACACAGGGUAUUCAGAGGGGCAGCUACCAUUUAAAUACUUGGGCAUUCCACUUGACACAAAGAAAUUGUCAGCCAUGCAAUGGAGUUACAUCUGGUCUGGCUCUAAUGUAAUCACAAAGAGAACUCUAAUAGCUUGGGAUAAAAUGUGCCUACCUAAGUCUGCAGGAGGAUAUAAUCUGCUAAACCUCAGAGUAUGGAAUAAGGCUGCUAUCACCAGUGUAUAUUGGGACCUUGUACAGAAGAAGGAUAAAAUGUGGAUAAAAUGGAUCCACAUUUACUACAUUAAAGGACAGAGGCUCAUGGAGAUGAACAUCCCUCAACAGGCAAGCUAG